UGGCUCUCAGUCUCUCAGUUGCGUCCCCUCGAUAGCGAACCGAUUUUGCCAUGGAUUGCCAUGGUUAUUAGGCUUCACAGCAAUGUCAUCAACGUUGCUCAUGCUUCUCCUUUGCCUGAGACAGACGUCACGCUCAAUGCAACAGCUUGCUACUACCCAGUUCAGCUAGGCUUGGCCUAUCUAUUCUUGGUCGGAUAUUUGGUGAGAACGGUAUUUGUUUGUGCAGGGCUACCUCCUUCGGUCGGAGUGAUUCUGGUGGGCUUUGCCUUCUCUUACUUUUUUCAAUCUGACUUGCUCUCGGCGCGUGAUGAGCUGCAAGAGUUGUCCUUUUUCCUUGUGCUGCUCACGGCUGGCUUGGAGAUUCGAUUAAAAGACUUGAGGACAUACAUGUUCGUUAUGGCCUUUCUACCCGCCACCUUCGAGCUUGUUGCAAUUGCUGUGUAUGCCUGUCUUCUUCUCGACUAUUCCUGGAUGGAGGGAUUAGUGCUAGGGACCAUCCUGGUUGCAAUUGGAGAUGGCCUUGUGAUACCCAAGAUGAAAGAGUUUGGUUUCCUAUUCAAGGGGCAUCCACUGCCGCGUUUGAUGUUUACUUGGGCGCCCUUGGAAGCGUCAUUCGCGCUGUGCCUCUUCGGAGUCCUCAGUGGUUUUGCAGCACCGACCUCAUCAGGUGUACAGGUUGCAACUCUUGUAGCUGGAAAUGUUCUCCGCAUCGCUGUGACAGUGCUUGCCGGAGCUGUGCUUGGGGGAAGUGCAGGCUGGCUCAUAUCUCGAAGGAGGAGUUUGAGCAUCAAUGGAAAGCAGGUUUUGACUGGAGCUCCUGUGGAAGCCUUUUUGAUGAUCAUGUCGAUCGCGCUUGUGGCCUACGCCCUCGGAGCUCAAGGUUCCGACGGUUCAGUGCUCGUGCCUAUGAACUUCAUCAGUGGUGCGAUGUUCCAGCCAGAACUUAUGGUCAUCAUGACAGGGGUCUUCUUUUCAGCAAUGGCAUCAGAAGCAGAAGUGCAUCAGGUGGAGAGAGUCAUGGGCGGCGUGUGGAUCUUUGGCCAGCUGAUCCUGUUCAGCAUGAUCGGAAGCCGCACCACACUGGAUAUUUUCCCUGUCUUUUGGCGUCAUGUGUUUCCCAUGCUGGCUUGCGGGCUUAUCGCGCGCUUUGCGGGGAUUUUCCUGGCCAUCAAUGGAAUUCUCAUUAUGGAUCUGCCAGGUCAUCCUUUCCACAACUCUAUGGUACUUGUCGAUUCAACUUUCUGCUUUUUAUCCGUUUUGCCCAGAGCAACUAUCCAGGGAGCGCUAGGGCAAGUUCCUAUCACAGGGCAGUUCUUUAGCAGACUACCCAAUAGCUCUGGAUGCCAGAACUUCAUCUUCCUUGCAGCCAGACUCUACAUAUGCACUAUGUCUGUUGUUGGAAUGAUUCUGCUGAAUACCUUUGGCCCACGACUAAUACGAGAAACCUUGGAUCGCCCAAAGUGGGGCGAGGAAGCGAAGGAGAAGGCUGAGACCGACAAGUUCUCCAAGUCGGAAGAAGCCUCUGAAACUUUGCUACAGUCCUUGUCGGAGGCUUACCAGAUUCCAGAAAGUGUUCUAAAUGAUGCGUUGCAAAGAGCCAUGCAGAGCGCUCCCCAAAUGGCGAAGGCUGUAUCUCAGCCUACCUUGCGCCCAAGCGCGGAAGGUGCGGAUACGUCGACUGACCUGGCCUUUGCACAGUUCGACUGCCUCGGAGAUGUGCUGAACAGCAAAGACAAGGAGCUUGUUUGGCGAGGUCAUCAACGAUAGCUGGAUUCGCAGACUCAAUGCAAAUGAUUAAAUCUUGACAUUUGGUGGAAUAGACUUAUAAAGUAAACUUGGAUGGCUAUUUUCGAGCGAAGAGGCUUCAACAGCCUCCCUUACAUCCGCAUGCGAUGUGCAGUUUGCUUCAUUGAAAUCUGCAAGCGGAUCAAAAACAUGGCGCUCAUGAAAAGCCCUCAAUAAAGGAGGACUUGCCCUGGGCUGUCAGGUCUGCUUGUUGGAAAAAACCAGCAAGACUGCUGAAAACUGUGUGCAGUGAGCGACCAGCUCCAGCUUUUUCGUGCUUGGAUAAAUUGUGCUGUGUGUAGGCUUCAAGCGGAUCAUGAGGAGGCUCACCGGUGGAAGGACCUUGCCGCAACACUCAGGCGCUCUAUGCAGGAGUGCGUGGCAAAGCUGGACGGAUUCCGGGGCCAUGAGGAGCGCCUGGUGUAUGACUUGAAGCAAUGGCUUUUGGUACAAAAGCAAGUCGAGGCGGAGUGGGAGGCUGCAAAGCUCAGCCGCAGCAAGGUCGAGGAAGAGUUGGCUCGAGAAGAAAAAGAGGUAGAGCAGCUUGGCAAGGAGGUCGACCAGGCUGAGGCUCAACAUUUGGAAGCGCUGGAGACAAAAUUGCUGCCUCUCCGCGAAAGCUGCUCGCAGCUUGUUGAUCGUGAAUUGCAACUGGUCGUCCAGGAGCAAUUGGAUCGCCACUGUGCCUCUUCACUUCAACAGGCCAAGGCUCUGCCAAGGAGGCAAUCUUCCCCCAUGCGGCCCAUCGGUGUGCUAGAUUCCCGCCACCUACCUGCUGGACAGGAGGCUGCGCCUAAACCACUGCCUAUAGUGGUUGGCACAAUGAGACGCUGACGAUUCUGAUGCCACUGGCUGCUUGGAGAGUUGAUCCAUUCCAUGCUUACAAUUGCUACCCCUUUGCUUACGACUGCUUGCCUGCAACCUGCGCCAUUCUGCGCCUGUCGUGGGAUUUGUUGGGCCUGCUGAGUGCCAGGCUAUGUAACAUAGAUCAACAUAGGGUGUGUCCUUAUACCUCCCUGGCCAAAGAUGCCAGCUCGCAGGGG